GAAAUUCGACAUAAAUCCAGUGACUACCCUCAUAAGGUUGCAAAAUAUCCAGAAAACAGAAAUCGAAACAGAUACAGAGAUGUUAGUCCUUAUGAUCAUAGUCGUGUAAAACUGCAGAACGCCGAGAAUGACUAUAUCAAUGCCAGCCUAGUGGUCAUAGAAGAAGCCCAGAGAUACUACAUUUUAACACAGGGUCCACUACCUAAUACAUGUUGCCAUUUUUGGCUAAUGGUAUGGCAGCAACAAACCAAAGCAGUUGUCAUGCUGAACAGAAUUGUUGAAAAAGAAUCGGUGAAGUGUGCACAAUACUGGCCAACAAAAGAAGAGGAAGUCAUGACAUUCAGUGAAACAGGUUUCCGUGUGAGGCUAGUAUCUGAAGACAUCAAAUCCUAUUACACAGUACAUCUACUGCAAUUAGAAAAUAUCAACGACCAACCAUCCUUUUCUCUUAAAAAUUAAGCACUUUGACAAUUUAAUCAAGUUAAGCUCAAAAAAAUUGUUCCUGGCCUGAGCUUGGGUUGGAAUUUGCUGCUUCUGUUUCAGAGCUGAAGACAGGAUUGAAGAGCUUGUCUGUUUGUUCCAGC